ACAACACACUUCCUACGGUCCCUGUUGCACGCUCAAGUACUCAACAUGCAACGGAUACGUCAUCAGUAACAACUCCACGGGUUUACUGUGAUGCUGCACAAUUAUUAAGCCUUGACUGCCGCAGAGUUGUAACCUGUCUGCACUUCCAACCAGUUUUCCACGCAAGCAGCAUUCCCAAGUCCCGCUUUCACCCGCGCGCUAACGGCUCAGGUUCGAGUACACGACAGGAGGGAGGGAAGCUGUGCAUACGGUGGGGGCGCACGGCGUGGGCACCCGGUACACCGAGUCCUCCCGGUACACCGUGUCCUCCCGCUACACCGUGUCCUGCCGCUGCACCCAGGUCCUUCCGCCCCGUGGCGUCCCCGGGGCGCACGUGGGCGGGCUUCAGGGAACUGACCUCCCGCGGUCCGUGUGCAGGCCGGGUACGCCCGGCCCGGUGCGCGUAGCCGGGUGUUUAGCCCGGAGCCGCGAGUGACUCAGCGCGGGGCGUGUGCAGGCAGCGCCCGGCCGGGGCGGGGCUUUUGCACUCGUUCCGGCUCUUUUCAGCUAUAAACACUGCUCGCAGCGCUCCGCUCCACCACGCCUCCUCCAAGUCCCAGCGAGCCCGCGUGCAACCUGUCCCGACUCCAGCCGCCUCUUCAACUCGCCAUGGAUCCCAACUGCUCUUGCGUCGCCGGUGACUCCUGCACCUGCGCCGGCUCCUGCAAGUGCAAAGAGUGCAAAUGCACCUCCUGCAAGAAAAGCUGCUGCUCCUGCUGCCCUGUGGGCUGUGCCAAGUGUGCCCAGGGCUGCAUCUGCAAAGGGGCGUCGGACAAGUGCAACUGCUGCGCCUGAUGCUGGGACAGCCCUGCUCCCAGAUGUAAAUAAUGCGACCUCUACAAACCUGGAUUUUUUUAUGUACAACCCUGACCCUGAUCGUUUGCUGCAUUCCUUUUUCUAUGAAAUAAUAUGAAUGAUAAUAAAACAGCUUUGACGUGA